GUGAUGCCACCAAAUUCGUGGGCGGUGCUGCUUUCGGAGGUGUUGGUCUGGUAACAGACACCUUGGGCAUCACGAAGAACGCGGAGGAUCAUUUGAUCAAGGGCGCCGAGGACGCCGUGGAUUUGGUGAGCCAUGGUGUCGGCAGCGUUGUGGACGCUGUGGACAAUGGUCUGGAUGGCACAGCCAAAGAACUCCAGCGGAAAGGUGUGGUGGGCGCGGUCGGUGACGGAGUGGCGGAUGCC